AUGGCUAAACGCAAGAGCAGCCGCGUCACGACCCCGCGGUCGUCGCGCAUGUCUUCGAUUGCAGCGGCAUCGACGACGGACGCCAGCGAAUCGCCUAUGAGCGUGGAAGGCGCGGAUGCGAACUCAACGCGUCCAACCUCGCCGGCACCGGGCGCAGAUGAAUCGCCUAUCAAGUCAGAAGCAGGCAGCGACGCGACGUACAAGCCUGGUCAGAAGACGGCAGAGCCCAAGGCAGAGCCAGAAAGGAUGAACAGACUGAAUUACUUACUCAAUCAAUCUGGCGUCUACACCGAGAUUUUGGCGAAAAAGAUGGAUCGACAGCGCGAUGAGCGUCGCAAAGCUGCCGAAAAGGCCCAAAAAGCAGACACGAAGCAAUCUACUCGUCAAGGGAGAGCCUCAAAUGCUGCCGAUCCUGCCGAUUCUGCAGGUAUAAAGUCGACCCGCUCAGGCGCCGUACACGCGUCUACAUCUACAGACACCGCCGACAGCGCGCCAAAGCCGUCGAAGAAGGCACCCGCAAAGGUCAACAAGCGUAAGCGCAACGAGGAAGAAGACGAGGAAGCCAUCGCGGCUUUGGACCUUUCAGCGCGUAGCACAAAAGCCAAAGCUGGCGGUAAAGCCGCAAAGACGGAGACCGGUCAGCCAAGCCUGGUGACGGGCGCAACCCUGCGCGACUAUCAGGUCGCCGGCGUAGAAUGGCUUGUCACGCUGUACGAGAACGGUCUUAACGGCAUCCUCGCUGACGAGAUGGGCCUCGGCAAGACGCUACAGACGAUAAGCUUCAUGGCCUAUCUUAGAGAAAAGGGCGUCUGGGGGCCGUUCCUGAUCGUUUGCCCGCUCUCGACGCUUGCAAAUUGGGUCAACGAAUUCGAAAGAUUCACACCUUCUAUACCAGUCGUGCUCUAUCAUGGCACGCCUGCCGAACGUGCCUCCCUCCGUUCGUCACGCAUGUCGCUCAGCACGUCAAAAGACAAGAGCCCGGCAACGCACUUUCCCGUCGUCGUGACGAGCUACGAACUCGUCAUGAACGAUCGCAAGUAUCUGUCAAAGUUCCAGUGGAAAUAUAUCGUGGUCGAUGAGGGGCAUCGACUCAAGAAUCUAAACUGCAAGCUCAUUCAGGAGCUCAAGACGUACACUUCCGCAAAUCGUUUGCUCCUUACUGGUACACCCUUACAGAAUAAUCUCGCCGAGAUGUGGUCUCUGCUCAAUUUCCUCCUACCCAGCAUCUUUGACGAUCUUGAUAGUUUCCAAGAAUGGUUCAAUUUUGAGGAGAUGAGUGAGGAACAGAUUAUCUCGUCAGAGGCAUCGAACUCGAUCGUCUCUAAGCUUCACGCUAUACUGAAGCCCUUUCUCCUGCGACGACUCAAAAUAGAUGUCGAGAAGGACCUACCGCCCAAGAAAGAAUACUUAUUGACGGCGCCCCUGACGCGAAAGCAGAAGGAGCUCUACGAUGCAGUCAUCUCCCGCAACCUGCGCAGCUUCCUGCUCGAGCAAAAGACUCGCGGCGACGAGCCUCAGACGCCUACGGAAGCUUCGACAGAACCCGCGACGCCUUCCAGCCCAUCGCGGCAGUCACCCGAAGCUGCUGCUACCAUCGACAUCUCGUCAGACGAAGAUGGUCCGACAAGCAUUGCUGGUCGUACACGCAAGCGUGCUCGUUUCGACUAUGCUGAGAAGGCGGACACGGCAUAUUUCGAGGAUCUUGAGAAUGGUGUCGACUCCAUGCACAAACAGCAAGAACAAUCGAUGGCAGAUAUGGGUCGUGCACACAACUUGCAAACAGCAACAAAGUCAAUCAAUAAUAUGAAGCUGCAGAACCUGAUCAUGCAACUCCGCAAAGUAUGCAACCAUCCGUGGCUCUUUGACUGGCCUGUCGAUCCUCGCACCGGCGGACUGUCUGUCAACGAAGACCUCAUCAACGCGUCGGGCAAGAUGCUACUACUCAACACGCUGCUCGACGAGCUAUUCUCACGCAACCACAAAGUGCUACUCUUUUCACAGUUCACAUCCAUGCUAGACAUCAUAGAAGACUGGGCGGCCGAAUACAAAGGCUGGAAAGUCUGCAGAAUAGACGGUAGCACGAAGCAAGACGAUCGCCGACAGCAGAUGAAGGACUUCAACGAAGGCACUGGACCCGACAGCCCGAAGCUAUUCUUGCUAUCCACUCGAGCCGGCGGCGUCGGUAUCACUCUCACUGGGGCAGACACGGUCGUCCUGUUCGAUUCCGACUGGAACCCUACCAUGGAUGAUCAGGCAAGCGCUCGAGCACAUCGCAUCGGGCAAACAAAGCCGGUCUUGAUCUUCCGUCUCGUUUCUGGCCAUACAGUCGAAGAAAACAUGCUCGUCAAAGCUUCUUCGAAACGUCGCUUAGAGCAGCUGGUCAUCGGCGCUGGCAAAUUCAAGAUCCCAGGCUCGGAAGUGUCAGACGUGCUCGCUGGCAAGGGUCCGAAGAAGUCGAUCAUGGCGGAGCUUUCCGAGGUAUUGCUCGCCGAGCAGAGCGAGCAGGUAGCUCUGGCCGAAAGAGGCGAUGUCAUCAUCAGCAAGGCCGAACUUGACUCUUUGCUCGACCGGAGCGAUGCAGCCAUGACGCGCGCAAAGGGCUGGAAGAGCAAAGCACAGGCUGCCACUGUGUUCGAAGCUGCGCCUGACGAGACCAACGAUGCGCUCGCAAAGGCCAUGGCCGUCAAAGAUUAG